CUAUUUUAGUCUCGAUCUAUAAUUUGUGCUGAAUGAUUUAUUGUUUUCUAAUAAUAAUAAUUGUGAGAGAAAGAGAUCCAUAAAAUAUUAAUAAGUAGUAACAGUUACUGAAUCACUAUGGAUGAGAAACCUAUAAAUUAUGAUUCCUUAAAAAAAGUUUAUAUGUUGGGCGAAAAAAACACAAGGAUUGGGCCAACAAAUCACUUGCAAAACUUCAAGGCAUUACGAGAUGAUCAUUUGAAAAAUAAAACACUUUUUAAUGACGAGAAUUUUCCUAUUGGCUGUAAAAUUUUAAGGGAAAACGAAGGAGAAGUGGUUUGGAAAAGACCUUUUGAAAUCUCUGGAGGAACUGCAAGAUUUAUUAACAAUGAAGCCACUCGAUUCGACAUCAACCAGGGCCGACUGAAAGACUGUUGGUUUCUGUCUGCUGUAUCAAACUUAACACAAAACCAACAACUGUUUUCAACAGUCGUUCCCCCAGAUCAAAGUUUUACCGAAAAUUAUGCGGGGAUAUUUCAUUUCAGAUUCUGGUACUACGGACAUUGGGUGGAUGUUGUUGUGGAUGAUCAGUUGCCAACAAUUAACGAUGAAUUAAUUUAUGCCAAAUCAGGAGAUCCGACUGAAUUUUGGCCUUCACUUCUGGAAAAAGCCUACGCAAAAUUAUAUGGCUCCUAUAAAAAUAUUGAAAGUGGGAAAAUCAAUGAAGCUUUUGAAGAUUUAUUUGGAGGCUUAUCUGAAGUUUAUGAAGCAAAUGCUGGAAAUAUCCACGAUACUAUGCAGAAGUGUUACGAGAAAUCGGCUUUUAUGGGCUGCUAUAUAGCUACUGAUGACACAAGAAGGCGUCCUGACGGUUUAAUUAAUUCGCAUGUUUACAGUAUCAUCCAGUUAUGUUCUGUGGAAUCAAACAAUUGUGUUGUAAAUUUGAUAAAAUUAAGAAAUCCUUGGUCAGGACCAGCUGAAUGGAAUGGACGAUGUAGUGACGAUAACGAUUUUUGGAAUUCGAUUCCAGAAAAAACAAGAGACGAGUUGUGGGUUAAAAAAGACAGUGGUGAAUUUUGGAUGGACGCUGAGGAUUUUCAAAAAUGUUUCACUUUUGUCGAAAUUUGUUACCCAAAUCCUUGCCUACUUCCUCCAAAUAAUGCUCAAAACUGGAACUUUUACAUGUUUGAAGACUGCUGGGUUCCAAAUCUUUCAUCUAAAAGAAGGCCACUGGACGAUAAAGAAACAUACUGUCAUAAUCCCCAGUAUUUUACAACUGUUAGUGCACCUGAAGACAAGUUAGGUUGGAUCAUUGUAGGACUGAUGCAAAAGAGAAGGCGUGAAAUGGGGGAAAAGUUCUUACCACUUCAGCUCGAUUUAUUUAAUGUGCCUGCUGAGUAUAAAGGAAAGCUUCUUGAUAAAGAAUUUUUUGCUAACAAUGAACCAAUGAUGACGAUCAAGGAAACUGGAGUUCGUCAAAUACUGAUGUCAGUUUUUGUACCGUCCGGAAAUUACUGCGUAAUACCUAACAUUGUUCAGAAAAACUCAUAUGGGAGUUAUUUAUUAAGAAUGUAUUUGGACGAAUAUGGAAAUAUCGAGGAAAAUGACGAUGAAAUCGGAUAUUCUCCUCCAGCAAUCUCAAAUCUAUUUAAGGGUUCUCAAAGUCAACCUUGGUUGGAGGUUUUUAAAAAAAUAUCACAUAAUGGCAACGAAAUUGGAAUUGACGGUGUCAGGAAAGCUCUCAACCACCAAUUUGGCGAAAAAAGGCUUUUGGGAUUAAUAAAGUCUAAAAUAGAAUUUUCAAAAGAAACAUGUAAAAAUAUUCUAGCUUUGUGGGAUCUUGAUCAUUCUGGAAAACUGGACUUAAAUGAAUUUGAAUGUUUGAUGCAGGAUGUGUACGAGCUUCAGCAAAAAUUCAAAAAAUAUGAUACCGAUGAUACUGGAAAAUUAAGUGGAUUCGACCUCAGAAAUAUUCUAAAUGAUUGUGGUUUCAAAGUUAAUCCCAAUAUUUUGACGCAACUUAUGUUCAGAUACGGAGACAAGGGUUCCAUGAAAUUUGCAAACCUUGUUGUCUGUAUUUUUAAACUUAAAACAAUAAUAGUCGAGUUUAGCAGAAGGCAAAGCCAGGAAACAACCGAUCACAUUGUUCUGAAUCAAAAGGACUUGUUAGCGAUCACACUUCAUUUAUAAAAAUUAAAAUUUUAUUUACAAAUAUUAUAAUAUAGACUGAUUCUUUAAAGGCUGCAUUUGAAAAGAGUCUUGUGAAGUCUUUAGGAUUAUCAAAUGUCAAAUUGCCAGGCUACUAUGAUGAUAUUUUGAAAAUGAUUAAAAAAGUUAACACAGUUUUUUCAAAUGGAAUAACCCUGUUUUUUCAAUGGUAAUCGAAAAACAUCAAUUUUUAUGCAGACUUUUACUAACGUCUUCAAUAUUUAUUUCUUACACUUUUUGAAAUAAUCACAAAAAACAAAAUUCUAGCUCACUAUUUUCAUUUUUAAUCGAGUAAACUUUCGAAAAAUACGAUAAACUUGUGUCAAUGAUUAAAAGAAAUGUUAGAUUUGUCCAUCAUUUUCAUUUAAGAAGUUCAAAAUUUGAUGCCAAACUGACAGAGUUACUUUACAUAAUUUACUAAGUUAUCAUAAACUGUAAUUAAAUAUUAUUGUUUUGUUGCUUAUGCGAUAAUGAACCAGCUAAAAACUAAAUAAACUGUUGAAAUUUUACAAUUGUUGACUAUUUUGCAAGGAAUACUUGAUUAACUAUAAAAAUUACGAAAUAAAUUCCGUUUUUUGUGAUUUUUUUUCAAAAACUGUAAGAGAUACGUUUAGGACGUGUUGAUAAACAUCACCAUAAAUAUUAUUGUUUUUUCGAUUGCCGUUUGAAAAGACUGAGUUGUAGCCGAUUUUUGAUAACCAGUUUGAAAAAAUCAAACUAGCCUUGAAUUUUGACAAUUGACAAGUUUGAAAAUUCUAGAAGGCUCUUCGAGUAUAAAAAAAUAUUCACUUAUCGCAAAAGGUUUAAGGGUUCUGAUAUAUGAAAAUUUUAACAAAAAAAAUUGACAUGUGUCAAAAACUCUGACAGAUAAGUACCAACAACUUGGGUAAAUUUUACUCAGUUUGAGAAGAUGAUUUCGAAAAUGCAAUAACAAUGUUUGAUUAUUAUUUAAAAUUUUAAAGUUGGCGCCAAUUUCUCGUAGUUUUUGAAGCUCAGCCAUUUUGAAAAUAAGUUACUUCUAUUUUUAUUAGAAGUUAAAAAGUUUCUAAUGUAAGCCCUAAAAGAAUCACCCUGUACCUAUACCUAAUGUAAUGAUAUACCUUAUUACCAUUGUAUUUUUCCAUUGCUUACGAUUUUGUUAAUGAUUUUUUAUAAUAAAUAUACUUUAUGCUUUA